AUUGCUGCAAUACAAAUUUAAUCAAAAUGGCAGAUGGUAACACCUCUCAAGCCCCUUCCUUGAAGGCAAAAGCCAAAACUCACCACAAACGCAAGCAGGCUAAAGAGACUUCUAAAGCCUCAGAAAGGGAUGCUUUAAGGCGCCAUAAGGCCUUACAAAAGGAGAUAGACAGGCGCUCUAGGGAAGCGCACACUGUGCCCCAGGGCUUCCCAUCUUCUAGUCCAUCUACUUCUUCACACCCUCCUCCUCCCCUAGAUCUCUCCCUCUCAUCCAGGCGCAGCUUGCCCCCACAAGGACAACAGGUCCAAGUUCCUGGGACACCGGUCAGAAGGGCUCCAGAAGCCACUUUUACUCCGACAGCCGCUGGUCUCCGUCAAAGGGAUAGUCUCCUUGAGGAGGUCCCAGAAAGGAUUAGAGCCUGGAUGGAGGUGGCUAUUCGCCAGGGGAUCGCGGCCGGGAUUCAACAAGCAGCCAUGUCCGGACAUUGCCCUGUGGUAAUGUCACAAUCACUGAGGUCCUUGCCCAGGUCGGACCAGCACCAGACCCAGAUCCCUCCAGUGGUUCCUGCUACUGUACCAGAGAUCCGGCCGAAGCAACUCCAAACACAAAGUCAGGGUACCACCCAAGGUCCUCAUGUCUCUCCUCUGGUGGUCCAAACCGGUCAUCAACAGAGGCUGUCUCUUCAAGGAGCCACAAAGGCUCACCAUCACCACGGAUGCCAGUCUGUUUGGAUGGGGAACUCACGUCCAGUCGCUCACAACCCAAGGCAGAUGGUCCGCAAUAGAACAGUCGUGCAGCAUAAACUGGCUGGAACUUCACGCAGUACACCUGGCCCUUCGUAACUUCC